AUGGACUCAAUAGAUGAGCAAAUAAUCACGAAGCGAAAAGAGCUACAAUCAUUGCAAAAGAUAACAAGUCUUACCGAUGGAUUGAAAGUUCAGCUAAUGGAGCUAAAUGAACGCGUCAAAGAAAUGGGGACGAACGCCGAAUCUGUAGCACAAUUAAUGAAUAACUGGGAUUCCAUAAUAAACAACAUAUCACAAGCCAGUUUGGGAUUGUUGCAAUACGCAGAAGGUGAUUAUGAGAUAGGGCCAUGGAAAGAUCCUAAGAAGAACGAGUCUGAAGGACCAGAUGAAGUAGAUUUAGAAGCUCAAGAGAGUGACAAAGAUAAUGAUAAUAAUGAGGAAGACGAAGAUCUGGUACCCUUACCCGAAACAAUGGUUAGAAUCAGAGUAGAUGGUAACGAAUGA